AUGAAGGCGUGGAAGCAGACCGCUACCGGCCCCAUCGAGGAGAAGCUCAAGCUCGUUGACAACGCUGCGCGCCCUAAUGCAGCCCUUAAGAAUGGUGAAAUCCUCGUCCGUGUUAUCAGCGCUGGUCACAAUCCGGCGGACUACAAGGUCAUAGAAAUGGGUCUCAUCUCCCGCGUCGCCGUCAAGUUCCCCAAGGUGGCGGGUAUGGACCUCAGCGGCGCUGUCGUGGCUGUGGCGGAGGGAUUGUCGGAUGUCAAAGUCGGUGACAACAUCCUCGGUCGCAUCGAACCCAGUAAGCAGUAUGGUUCACUAUCGCAAUACGUGGUGCUACCACGAGAUGGAUACGCUGUGCUACCCAGUGGCGUGGACCCUGAUUAUGCUGCUGGGGUGCCUACCGCAGGGCUGACGGCGUACCAAAGCAUCAAGCCCUAUGUGAAAUCCGGCGACCACGUUUUUAUUAAUGGCGGCUCCGGAGGAACAGGGACCUUUGGUAUUCAAAUUGCAAAGGCGCUUGGAUGCCAUAUCACAACGUCUUGCUCAACUGCCAAGGUUGUCCUAGUUAAGAAACUGGGGGCUGACGCAGGCCAAGUUUAUGAUCUAGUGGUGGAUAAUGUUGAUAACUCACCAGAAGAGUUUUUCUCCAAGACGCCUAAAUUCCUCAAGCCGGAGGGUUACUAUAUCGGUGUUGGAGGCUCUGCAUCACUAACUACGGCCAAGAAUAUUGCCAACGGCCUGCUGAGGCCGACCUUACUAGGUGGCACGCCACGCAAGUUCGUGCCGUACUUCACCAAAAAUGUACACGAGGACUAUGAACAGCUGGCAAAGUGGCUCGCUGACGGGACCAUGACAACAAUAAUCGAGUCAACCUGUGAAUUUGAGCAGGCGAUUGAGGCCUUGAAGUAUCUGAAGAAGGGAUCCAGUGCGGGCAAAGUCAUUGUGCACGUCUCGCCCAAGGUGUGAGGAUGUGUCCCGUCGUCAUAGGUUUCAAUGAACGACAUAAUAUACUCGUAUUUAUUUU